GCGUCAAUUGCCCCAAAUGUUUACCAGGUUGCUCCCACAUCGCGUACAAAGUUGCGUCCAUCAUUUCCGUUCCGUACGACGAAAAAACAGCUCCGGCAAUCGUGAAGGAAAUGACAGGAAAUGCUCCUUACACCUCGCGUGUGCAAAUUGGUUUCAACGUUCAUCAAAUGUUGGUGAUGGAGAAACAAGACAAAUAUGAAUGGACCGACAUCAUAGGCAAGUUUAAUUUAUUGUACAAAAAAUUGUAUGAGAAAUUAAUUCAUAAUUAUAUUUCUGAUAAGCCCUCAUCGGUGGCACGAUGGGAUUGACCAGCGGCAUUUCCGCCAUUGAUGGGGCUCGCGUCGGGGAAGCUACUCUGGAUCUCAUUUGCAGUUUGAUCGCUCUUCUUUGGGCCUACAUGACCAGGAAUGAUGAUGACAAAGAUAAUGACGACAACAACAACAAUGGCAAUGCGAAUGAAGCAAUCGAACAAGCUCCAAAUCCACAGGAACAGGCGGAGGGAAAUGCACCUGAUAAUGAGGAGCCUGAAAUUGAACCACCACCGCCGCCACUAACACCACCACAACCGGACGAGGAAGAUAAGCAACCAGAGGAGGAAGAAAAUGCACCCGAUAAUGUGACCGACCAGCCUGAGAUUAAACCACCACCACCACCAGAACAACCGGAGGAACAAGUAAAGCAACCGGAAGAGGAAGAAACUGUAUCAGAUGACGAUUCGGACGAUGAUGAGCCCAUAUUUUGUCCUGGUUUGACACAUCCGGACCAUGUCUUUCCACGCACAAGCUCAUCCCCACCACCACUCCGACGGAGGAAACAACAGGAAGGUGACGGAUUCAUGAGGAAAUUUCGCUCCCUAUUUCGAUCAUCAGGCAAGUUUGAGAUCGAUCCGGAGGACCCAUUCAGACCAACGAGUGCCAUGGAAGACGCCAUGAGCACACUGAAGCAUUUCGCCAUGGCCCCCAUUUUUACGGUAGGAUCGGAAGGGGAAAAGGGAGGGUCAGGCGUCGGAGAAAGCAGCCUACCAACUGAUGAUGGAGAAAGUGCCGCUGUAGUGGACAGUGUGACACCAGUCCCACAAAUGAUGUACCCAUGCACCGAUGAAACUGAUUCAAUGGACACACAAGAGCCUGGCUGCUCCUCUGCUUCUGUUCCUGGACAAGCACCAGACCAGAAAGACGAUGGACAAGAAUCUGCAGCAGUGACCGCAGGAGAAACUUGCACAUCAGCGGAUGCUGAAGAAAGCAACUUGGACAGGGACAAUAAUUCCAUUCCAACCACGGCAUCAAAUUCUGUUGCAGAGAUUGACCCCCAACCAACCGAUCAAGGAGUAAUUUCCCCUCGGAGAUUUGGUGACGUCAACCCACUUGACUCCUCCCCCUCUCGACCCCACACAGCUGGAGGGCAUUAUUCUCCUCCACUCGGCGACGCUGAGGUGCCCAGCACAAGUCGUCAAAUUCAUUCUGCUCCUGGAAAUGCGUCACGGAUAUUAAUUCCGUCGUCUAAUGUCCCCUCGACACCUGGAAUUGGUAGCGUCAUCCCCCCAGUUGAUGUUGACGUUAAACCAUCGUCAAGUCAUGUUUUGGACCAGUUGGGUUUCCUUUAAGCGACUCGAUAAGCCAAUUUGAUAUAAUCUUUGGGCCAAUUAAUGCAAUACUCUAGUCAAUUUCAGAGUCAAUUAAUGCAAAAAGAUUCUAGUCAAUUUUAGAGCCAAUUAAUGCAAAAAAAAAUCUAGUCAAGAUUAGUAUGAAAAUAUUCUAGUCAAUUAUGUACAUCACUUAAAUACCAGCUCAAUUAAUAUGCCUUCACUAACUAGUUAUACAUAAAUGCGCUUGGACUAUCCCACUGAAAUUAUUUUGAAAUUAUUAUAAUGACAAUUGUGACAUUUUUCGAGAUUAUGAGAUGAUUUAUGUUUGGAAUAUAUGUCACCUGCUAGAAAAUGUAGAAAUAUUAUAAACAAUCUUGCUCUGACCUGCGAUAGUUAUUUAUCUGGCUUACGAUUUUAACCAAGUCACAAGUGCUAAUAAUUAAUACUCAUACAUAAAAUAGAAAUAUGUAUAAAAUGAUAAUGUUUAACCCUUUAAUAUUUUAUUUAUGCUAAUUUAAUAAUUUUUGAUAAAACUUUACAAUUAAUAUGAAUCAAUCAAUGCAAUCAAUCUUUAAACUUAAAUCAAAAUUUAGAAUUAUGUAGCUGUCCAGCUUAAAAUUUAUAGUGCACCACACCCUUCGAAUUAUUCGACAUUUUUCCGUCAACCUUUGUAUAAUAUACACAAAGUAAAUAUUAUGGGCAUGUAAAUAAAAUUUGUUCAAGCUUA